GUCUGUCAGAGUGGACGUAGCUCUAAGCUAACCCAGCUGUCUAGCUAGUUUCUGAGUUUAAACAGAGUCAACAGCCUUCAGGCUCCGUCUGUCUGUUGUUUAUGGCUGUAUUAUCGUGUUAGCUCGGAAUAAUUCUGCAGAAACGAUCACAGACUGAGCUGACAAGCCCUGUGAUCAGCAAAAUGAGCAGCACAGGAUCAGUGGAGAGUGGAAAACCCCCGAAGAUCGGUUCAGUCGUGGAGGUCAUUGGAAAGGGUCAGCGUGGUACCGUUGCCUAUAUUGGCGCCACUCUCUUUGCCUCUGGGAAAUGGGUGGGUGUCAUCCUCAAUGAAGCCAAAGGCAAGAAUGAUGGCACUGUUCAGGGGAAACGCUACUUCACCUGUGAGGAGAAUCAUGGGAUAUUUGUCAGGCAGUCUCAGCUCACAGUGGUGGAGGACGGCUCCAGUGCCACUUCUCCAGAUACUCCUGAAUCAGGCUCUGCAAAGACGCCCAAACAAAAAGACAUCCCAGAGACACCGAAACUAACCAAGCAGACACCUGUGAAUGUUAAAAAGUCCUCUACUCGCCGCUCUGCAAAGUGGAGCACCCCAGGGCGUCUCACGCCUGCCGCCUCCCUCCCCUCCCUCUUGGUACCUCCGUCUGGCUCCAGCCUCUCCGUAAUGGCCUCUCGGGAGAGCCUGCCGUCCUCUCUGUCUGGUGACGUGAGUGAGGCUGAGCACAAGGGUGCUCUGGGGGCUCCUGUGAUGCCUCAGCCAAGCGGGACACCUGCCGCGGUGGCAGCUCAGGCCCCGGCAACCCCAAGCAAGGUGGAACCUGCCAUUUCUAAGCAGGAGGAGGACUCACUGCGGGCUCAGGUCAAGGACCUAGAGGAGAAAUUAGAAACACUCAAGAUGAAGCGAACGGACGACAAAGCCAAGCUAAAGGAUCUUGAGAAAAAUAAAAUCCAGUUGGAGCAGCUUCAGGAGUGGAAGAACAAAAUGCAAGAGCAGCAGGCCGAACUGCAGAAGCAGCUCAAGGAGGCCAAGAAGGAAGCCCGUGAAGCUCUCGAGGCCAAGGACCGCUACAUGGAAGAGAUGUCUGAUACGGCAGACGCCAUCGAGAUGGCAACACUGGACAAAGAGAUGGCAGAGGAGCGUGCAGAGUCACUGCAAGUGGAGGUGGACACCUUAAAGGAGAAAGUGGAGGAGCUUUCCAUGGACCUGGAGAUCUUAAGACAUGAGAUUUCUGAAAAAGGCUCUGAUGGAGCUGCCUCAAGUUACCAUGUCAAACAGCUUGAGGAGCAGAAUGGAAGACUGAAGGAGGCACUGGUUCGGAUGCGUGACCUUUCUUCUUCAGAGAAGCAGGAACAUGUGAAGCUGCAGAAACAGAUGGAGAAGAAGAACUCAGAGUUGGAGACUCUGAGGUCCCAAAAGGAAAAACUACAGGAAGAGCUCAAGCAGGCCGAGUCCACUAUAGAUGAGCUGAAGGAGCAGGUGGAUGCUGCUCUGGGGUCUGAGGAAAUGGUGGAGACCCUAACGGAGAGGAACCUUGAUUUAGAGGAGAAAGUGAGAGAGCUGAGAGAAACCGUGACUGAUCUGGAGGCCAUAAAUGAGAUGAAUGAUGAACUUGGGGAGAACGCCCGGGAAACAGAGAUGGAGCUGAGGGAGCAGUUGGACCUGUGUUCAGCAAAGGCCAGAGAGGCCGAGAAAAGGGUCGAGGCUGCCCAGGAGACUGUGGCUGACUAUCAGCAGACCAUCAACAAGUACAGGGACCUCACUACGCGGUUACAGGAGGCCAAUAGAGAGUUGACCAGCCAGCAGAACGCCAAUGCUGAACAGGUUCAACAACCUCCUGCUGACUUCUUCGACUUCAAGAUUAAGUUUGCAGAGACCAAGGCUUAUGCCAAGGCCAUUGAGAUGGAGCUCAGAAAAAUGGAAGUGGCUCAGUCAAACAGACACGUGUCCCUGCUCACCUCCUUCAUGCCAGACUCCUUCCUUCGUCAUGGCGGAGAUCACGACUGUAUUCUGGUCCUCCUGCUCAUCCCCAGGCUCAUCUGUAAGGCUGAGCUCAUCAGUAAACAGGCCCAGGAGAAGUUUGACCUGAACGGUAACCUGGUCCAUGGAUCUGGGCUCAGAGGGCCUCCUGGGGAGCAGCGCAGCUUUGCCUCAGGAUUGGUCUACUCUCUGAACUUGCUCCAGGCCACUCUCCACAAAUAUGAGCAGGCUCUGAAUAACUGCAGUGUGGACGUUUUCAAACGCAUGGGUACGCUCUACUCUGAAAUGAGCUUUCAUGAGCGUUCUCUGGAUCAUUUCAUCGGCCUGCUGCAUAAAGACCAACUAGAUGAGACCAUCCAGGUUGAGCCUCUCACUAAGGCCAUCAAGUACUAUCAGCAACUGUACAGUGUUCAUCUGGCAGAUCACCCUGAAGACUGCACCAUACAGCUGGCCGACCACAUAAAGUUUACCCAGAGCGCCCUGGACUGCAUCGGAGUGGAGGUAGCACGUCUGCGAUCAUUCCUGGCGGCAGAUCAGGAAAGCGCCGGCCUCAGUGUUCUUCUAAAAGACCUGGACACUUCCUGUUCUGACAUCAAACAGUUCUGCAAAAAGAUCCGCCGCCGCAUGCCUGGCAUGGAUGUAGCUGGAGGACCCACAGCUCUGAAGUUUGGACCACAGGUGUCGGAGGCGCUGACAGAAUGUAGACGCCAGCAGACCAGAGUGGUGGCUGUGCUGCAGGAGGUCGCUGCAGCCGGCGCUCCGAUGGUUGCUCCACUGGCAGAACAGGAGGGGCUCAACGCUCUGAAGCUGGAAGACAUAGCCUGCAAGGCUGUGGAGCAGGUGUAUGGCUCUCAUGGUGUGAAUGGUCUAGACUGUCUGCACCAGUCUUGCAAGUCUGUCAUCACCACCAUGAACAAGACGGCCACGGCCAUGCAGGAAGGAGAGUACGAUGCUGACAGACCACAGGGCCAGACUCCUCCAGUGGAGAUCAGAGCAUCCAUGGUCAGGGCAGAGAUGACUGAUGCCGAGGGUCUAGGAGUGAAACUGGAAGAUAGAGAGACUGUUAUCAAGGAGAUAAAGAGGUCUCUCAAAAUUAAGGGUGAGGAACUGAGUGAAGCCAACGUACGGCUGAGUCUGCUGGAGAAGAAGCUGGACACGUCCACCAGAGAUGCAGAUGAACGAGUUGAAAAGAUUCAGACCAAACUGGAUGAGAACCUUGCCCUGCUGAAGAAGAAGGAAAAGGAGUUUGAGGAAACGAUGGAUGCUCUACAGGCAGAUAUUGACCAGCUGGAGGCAGAGAAGGCAGAGCUCAAACAACGCAUCAACAACCAGUCUAAGAUGACCAUAGAGGGCCUAAGAGGCCCAGCGGCCUCUGGAAUCUCCUCCAUCGUUCAGGGAUCUGCAGGAGGUCUACCUUCAUCCUUGGCAGGAUCAUUACAGGUGGUGGACUCUCCUCUCCUCAGGCAGCAGAUCGAGGCUCAGAGAAUGGGCAUUAAACAGCUCAAGAAUGAAAACAACAGACUGAAGGCUGAGAAGAUAAGAGCCCAGCUAGCCUCACUGCCUCCUCUCUGCCCUCCCAAACUUCCACAACGGUCCAAAGAGAGCUCCAUGCCACCAGAAGGACUGAACACUGGCAUCUACCGCAGGACCGACCAGCUGCUGGCAACGCUGCUCAAGCUGAGCGCCGAGGUUAAAGUGGUCGAUGUCACCGGGAAGACCGCAGCGAGUGCUAGCGCCCAGCUGCUGGAGCAGACGGCCCGUCUACAGAACCUAAGUGACGCCCUGGUUAAGCUCAAGGGAGAAGUUUCUGAACAUGUGGUGUCGUACCAACCUGGUGGAAGGGCUUCCUCGGACUUUGCCACCUUUCCAGCCUCAGCCUUUGUUAAGGCAAAGGAAGAGAAGCAAGGAGGAACAGUGUAUGUGGGCCGUGUUGCUAUUCCCUGCGUCCAGGGUCAGGAGAAAGUCCAUCGCCUCGUCCUGUCACAGCAUCAGCUGCAGAAAGUGCAUCGCCUUCUCAUGGCCUGACAGAGCUUUCCUUUGGCCUAGAGCCUUAUUUCUCUUUAAGAAAAGCUUUUCUUCUUUAUUUGUUCAGCUUUAACCCUUUAAACCCUUUUGUAUCCUAUUUGAUACGCACUUUUAUGAGACAUCUAUCUAACCAACAUGGUCAGUAAAUAACUAAAAAACCUUUAGAAUACAGUUUCAUCCUCCAGUGGAUCAUUGGUUGCCAUGAUGCCUAAUCUAUCAAAUGUAAUACAAAACAUACAUGUGAGUUCAUGUCAAUUUUCCUUUUCUUGGAUUUCUGUAGAACAUUUCAUAAACAUUCCAGUUCCAAAG